CCUGCCAGCGAAGGAUCAGCUAGAAGCCAUUAUGAUCUGGGUUUUCCAUGAGGGAACUGUCGUUUCCAUUUCUUAAGGUCCAAAUCCUAAUCUUACUUGGAGCUAUUAUCAUUUGUGUGGUCAUUCUGGAGUAUGACAAGGAGAACAUGUGCUCUUUGUUCUUUGCGCCUUGAAGUCAACUCACACCUUCAUUCAGCUGAAUUAUGUACCGAGCCACAUGGACGAGCGGUUUCUGUGAACUCAUGGAUAAUUCAGGAGCGCUGUGAAGGAGGAGGGUUACCCCGGUGAAAUCGGUUUAAAGUCGGGAUACUUGAAGCGGUGUAGCUGCUAGGGUCUAGAGGAGAUGCCACUGAGGUUCCGGUCCUUUGUUCCGUAUACACUUCCUGGAGUGCUGGCGCUCAUAGGCUGGUGGUGGUACAUCUCCCGCAAGAAAGAGCGAACCACCAGCCACGACAGUGAAGAGGGGUCGGUUAUGGGCUUGCGAACCUCCUCUGGUGAGGGCAGCAAUGGGAUGGUUGACAAGAGCUGCCCCGCAGCCAGCAGCACACACCGCAGAACCAGCCGAGACAAAGUCAAGGCCAAAGAGCACAGACCUGUUGAGCAGGAAGUUGUAGCAGAGAUACACAUGCCGGUGCUAAAAGCCUCUGUGGGGGAGGCUCUUGGCGCCCCUCCAGUUGUGUUGGCCAGUGGAAAACUAAGUGCUGCUCAGAGCGGUAGAAAAUCCGUCCGCCUACAAAGCCACCUAGAGACAACAACUCCUGUGUCAUCUUCAACACCAACAAAAACAGUGGAGGAGAGCACUCAUCACAAAGUACAAGAGGCCAGCAUUGGCAACAAACCCUCAAGCCAGUUACCAUCAAUCAAGAAGCAGGUCGAAAACCAACCACUACCUAAGCAGCGUCCCGCAGAGGUAGCCAAAGCAGAGCGACCUGAACCUGAGGGAGAGGUGGCCGCUGAAAGCUCAGCACCGACUUGCACUCAGAAUCUCCCGACUGACAUUUUAAAAGAUGAGCUGCCCUCCACUACAUCUUCAACAGAGAGCGAGGCUGUCUUGCUGGAGACCUGCAGCCCGAAAACGCCACUAACCCUGACCUCUUUCCCUACCUCCACCAGCACACCCCUUUCAGAAGGCUCCACGGAGGCUCGGCACCAUGAAAACGGAGACCUGGGCUUGCCGGCCGAGACCAGUCCAGACAUGCAGGAGCUCCAGCGUCUCGCAGCAGGGCUGAUCACUGAGGUCAUCUCGGCAGCCACCCAGGAGGUCAUGGCGGUCAGCAGCUGUGAGUCCCGGUACAGCAAGGGCUCUGAAGCAUCCGACAGCAGCACGCUGGCUAUAAAUGGUAAGGAAGUGGAGUCGCGGAUACCUUCAGAGAGCGUGGAAAGCGCAGAGUCACAGGCGGUGCAGAUAGCAGAAGACAUCGUCAAUGGUUGUCUGGCGCCUUCGCUCUGGAAAAUGCCGGAGAAUGAGAAGGAAAGAGUCUUGUUGACUGUGCCGUCUGGGGAACAGUUGGAGUCCAAGCCGGUUCUGGCCAAGCUGCAGGCAGAGGAAGCUUUGGUGGAAGAUUCAGGAUGUAGCACGUGCCAGUCCGAGGAUGGCAUCAGCAGCGAGGAUCUCCACAGCACAGGGUUGUCCUCGAACGUGUCUGAGAGUAAAGAGGACCUCAUUCAAAUUUCAGGGACUUGUAGGGCCUCUGAGGGUCAAGGAGAUGGACUGCAGGAGAGUCUUUCUCUAAUUGCCCCUAAGGAGUCUUCGCUUACCGCAGAAAAUGUGGCUACAGUUUGUGAGGCAGCACGGCUGAAUGGAACAGGCUUUAGGAAUGGUGCCGCUAGUGAGGUAGAAGCUGACCAAUCAGGAGGUUCAGAUGUGAAUAGCAUGGAUUCAGUGGACAGCUGUUCCACUUUGGGGGUGGGAGACGGCCAGCCGAGUGGCAGCCAGACCUGUCAAUCACAGAGCUCUGAGCUUAUUGUGUGGGAGAUUGAGGUGCCAAAGCAUCUAGUGGGACGGCUAAUCGGCAAACAAGGGAGAUACGUGAGCUUCCUGAAGCAGAGCUCUGGUGCGAAGAUCUACAUUUCAACCCUGCCUUACACUCAAGAGUUUCAGAUCUGCCAUAUAGAGGGAACCCAGCAGCAGGUAGAUAAGGCACUGGCCCUGAUUGGGAAGAAGUUCAAAGACUUGGACCUGACCAACCUGUAUGCCCCACCUCCCCCACCACUAACGCUGCCCUCUCUGCCCAUGACUUCCUGGCUUUUGUUGCCCAAUGGGGUGACGGUCGAGGUGAUCGUGGUGAACAUUGUAUCAGCCGGUCACCUGUUUGUCCAACAGCACACUCACCCUACAUAUCACGCCCUGCGCAGUCUGGACCAGCAGAUGUUCCUGUGCUAUUCACAGCCCGGGACGCCCCCACUUCCAUCGCCUGUUGAAGUUGGAGUGAUUUGUGCCGCCCCAGCUGUAGAUGGAGCCUGGUGGCGAGCGCAGGUCAUCUCCUUCUACAAAGAUUCAACCGAAGUGGAAAUCCGAUAUGUUGAUUAUGGUGGCUAUGACAGAGUCAAGAUUGACACCCUUCGACAGAUCAGGUCAGACUUUGUGACAUUACCGUUCCAAGGAACAGAAGUGUUGUUAGAUAACAUUGCCCCACUUCCAGGAGAGGAUCGGUUCUCAGCGGAGGCCAAUUCUGCACUGGAAGAGAUGACGAGAGGGGUUCCAUUGCUAGCACAAGUCACCAACUACGACAAUAAUACAGGACUUCCCUUAGUACACAUGUGGAACAUGGUGGGAGAGGAGCUGGUCCUGCUCAACCGCACUUUGGCAGAGCGAGGUUAUGGCACUUGGGUGGACAGUUUCUGAUCCUCCAGAGCUCCCUCGCCCUCCUCUCCUCACUCACGUCGCGGCCCGCCUGCCCCUUAAUUAUCACCACUCAUCAUGAAUAUCUGCAGGUUCUGUCCUCCUCACCUCAUCAUGUCCUCCACCACCUCCGACCUGAAGUGUGCGCCACUGGCUCCGGGAGUUUCUUUUUUGGUUUGCUGUCCUCUCCAUCCUGCCUUUUUCUAUUUUCUUUUUUAUUUUCUAUCCCCUUGCGUAAGAUAUCAAUGUACUGUAUGAAAGAAAAAAAACGAAGAGUCAAGCGUCCGAACAACCAAUGGACUGAAGUUUUCUUGACUCUGUGCUCUUGUAAAUUGAAGAUAUUGUAACUAAAUAAAGGUUAAUCAUGCUUUCCGUCCGAUCAGACUCCUUCCAGCACAAAAAAUGACAGUGGAUUAUCAUGCCAUGGAUGAAAAAUCUGUAGUAAUAAAAAAAAAAAAGUACAUUUACGAAGACAACUAUGGUGCGGUUGAGACUCCGUGUUGUUGCUGCUGACGUAAUCUUGGGACUUGAAACAUCAUGUUUGCAUUUACAUUAUCAUGGCUUCAUCCAGUCGGGUGGGUUUUGGAAAGCUAAUCUGUAGAUCUGGGUACAGUUCGGCAAGGAAUAGACAACCACAGCUCCAUGUCAUCCAUCUCCAUGUCUGUCUGUACAACAGUGUGGCCUUUGACGGUGAUACGCAGCCCAUGUCAUGACCUCCCUCUUCACCACACUCUGGAUCUUUAGGACUCCAACAGCCUUUGGCGUCAAUAGAGUCCCUUCAUUUACUUCACUGAUUACAGAGUCUGUUGAUCCAGGAGACGUCUGUUCCCUCCUGACCUCUGGACCUUCAUAGGAAAGACUAUGCUGAGUCUUCAGCCCUAGAGCGACACUAGAGUUCAAAUGGUGCUGCUACAGAAGACAAAAGGCUGUCCUUUACGCCAAAUUCUGACCUGUGGGGACACUAAAUGAAUGACUACAAAAAAAGAGAACACUACUGCGUGACGGGACAGCAGGGCACUUCUAUUCUGGGUGGAUGAACUGCAUUCAAUGGGUCUGUGUUUUUGUAUGCAUGUAAUUUUGCUCUAAAGCACGUCGAUUCACAUGUCUCAUUAUCAUCUGGUUAAUGGGCCACUUGCUUUUGUCUCACUCAAGAUCCGUCUCGCAAUAACGUCACAUCUAGUAGACCCAUUGCCAUUACUGUCUCUUUGCAUUCUGUAAAUAACAUGGUACACGAUGUCCAAUCCCAGCAACGCACCCAAUUGGCUACUAGGAGAAGCUGUCAAUACACAAACCUGUCUUGAAGAAGAUAAAAAGCUUUAAGCCUUAUCCAUUUCUCUUUUUUUAUGUUGGUUUUACAUGGGAUGUCAUUAGGUCUGCUUUAUUACUGUAUAAUUUGUGAAAGUAUAAUGGCACAGAGAUUAAUAUUCCCUUUUUUUGUAUCUUAUCAUUGAUCAUGCUCUUUCAGUCAUGUAAUGGCUUUUUGGCCAAGGCUUGUCCCUUUUUCUGCUGCUAAAUUAUUGCUAAUCUAAUGUUGUUGGACUCCAGAAUGUCUAAGGUCGUCCUUGCAGGAGAUGUUUCCAGGCUUUUAGCUUGCCAUUGUGGAUUUUUUGAUUGUUGGCACUACAGUUAUUAGCCUCCAACCCUGCUCCUGGAGAGCUACCAUCCUGCAGACUUCAGUUCCAACCCUGCUCCAACAAACCUGUCUGUAAUUAUCAAGUAGCCCUGAACACCUUGAUUAGCUGGUUCAGGUGUGUUUGAUUGGGGUUAGAGCUGAAAUCUGCAGGACAGUAGCUCUCCAGAACCAAGGUUGGAGACCCCUGCUCUAAAGCCCUUGGUAUACUUUACACCAUGUGAAAAAAUACAAUAAGCUCCCUGCUACGGCAUAUAUUUGGCUUAACCAGAAAAAAUCUGGAUAAAAACAGAAAAUAUAGGGUUUUUUUUUUUUUACACUUAUUUUGAAACUACAAUACUCACUGCUGACUUUAGUUGUAGUAUAGAGCGCCAAGUAUAUGAGAACUGACAGCGUCGGAAAGUAACGUCUUUAGUUGUCUGUGAGGGGCAUUACACGGUUUUUCACUAUGCUACGAAGUUUUUCUGCAAUAUUUCCUCCACAAGCUCUUGUUUCUAUACUGUCCUGCGUUCAUCUCAGGUAUGAGCUUUUCAUUUCUUACCUUUCUGUGUUUGAGGAGAAUUAUUAGUCGUCAUUCUUUCAGGAAUUGAUGUAACGUUACUUGACCUGUGUGAACGUGCGCGGCCCAUUAUAGGUCUGCCUGCACUGCAGCAGGUCAAUAAAUAAGGAACCACACCGACCUCAGAGCCGAAACGUUUCAUUGUUCUGUCUUUAGGUCUGUUUGUUUUUACGGUUUUUGUAUUGAUCAAGUCAAAUUACUCUUUGCAUACGCUCAUAUCUUGACUGACAUGGCCUCCUACCACAAGUUCAAAUGUGUCCUCCUGUAUGUUCCUACCGCUCUCCUGUAAUGAAAAAUCACGCUACUUUAGACUUGUCCAGGUGUGUGUGUGUAUAUAUAUAUAAUAUGUCUCACUGUACUUUUGUAAAAAUACUGGAGCGAGUGUAGGAAACAAAAGGGAACUUUUUUUUUUUCACCCCCACCUUGCGAAAUCUGCUCAUUUGUUCUCUGUUGGUAGGAAUGGUUUGCAAUGUUUGCUUAGCUAGAUAAUUAAUCAUUUGAUUAUUUAAAUGAGUGUAAGAAGUCCUGCAUAGACAUGUACAGGUCAGUUUCUGCCAGACUUAUUACAAGGUUUGAUUCUUUGGUUGUACAGAUAUAUUGAAAAAAGAGAAUAAAGUUAUAAAAAAUA